AUGGUGCUGCACAGUUCCCAAGUGGUGGGGACAAAGCUGACACUGUUCCUCAAUCUGCUGCUGCACGAAGGAAAGCUCCAUCCCCUGCCUGCCAGAGAGAAGGUGGCCCUGAAGCAGGACAUCCAGGUGCUUGCUGGAGGGCAGAGCUUUUUUUGUCUCCUUCCACCCCUACUGGGUAUAGCAGCCCCUGCCCUCCCUGCCCUGCUGCUGACUGCUUUUUUCUUCCACAGAAUCAUCAGAGCUAUUGUCAGGACCUUCAAGUAUUUCUUUGGCGUGAGGUUUGAGGUGAAGGGACUGGAGAACUUCAAGGUGGAGGGCCCUGCUAUCAUUGUAUCCAACCAUCAGAGUGUCCUCGACAUGAUGGGGCUGAUGGAGGUCCUGCCCGACAACUGUGUCCAGGUGGGCAAGAAAGAGCUGAUGUACAUGGGCAGCGUGGGGCUCAUCAUGUACCUCGGUGGAGUCAUCUUCAUCAACAGGAAGAGCACCAGCAGUGCCAAGAUGGUGAUGUCAGAUGUCGCCAAGACUAUGGUGGCUGAGAAUGUGAAGGUGUGGGUAUACCCAGAGGGCACAAGGAACUGCACUGGGGAUUUGCUGCCAUUCAAGAAAGGAGCAUUUCACCUCGCUGUCCAGGCACAGGUGCCAGUGAUCCCUGUGGUGUAUUCCUCCUUCACCGCUUUCUAUAACCCAAAGACGAAGCUAUUUACAUCAGGCAAAGUCAAGGUUGAGGUUCUGCCUCCAAUAGAGACCAAAGGGCUGACGUCAGACGAUGUCACCGACCUCACUGACAGAUGCUUCAGCACCAUGAGGGAGACCCUCUUCAGGUUGUCAGGCCGUCCAAGCGUAGCAAAGGACUCAUCCUAGAGGCUUCUCCAGUGGUGUCACCGUGUGGUGGUGGCUGAAGGGACCUCUCUGUUCUUGCCAAAUACUGAAGGAACUUCUCCUCUGCAGUGAUUUCUAACUCUUGGGAGCACCACAGACUGGCACACACAGAGUGUCAAGCCAGCACUAAGGUUCCCCUUUGAGUGGAUUUCUCUUACGGCUUCAUUUUCUCACUCUGAAAUAUCUCCUUUCUCUGAA